AUGUCUAUCGGCGUGGCAAUCAUUGGCAGUGGUCUCUUUGCGAAAGAGCAGCAUCUACCCGCCGUCCAAGCUGUCUCAAAUUUCCAACUCAAGGCUAUCUAUUCUCGAACCUUGAAGUCAGCCCAGGACCUCGCUAGCGGCACGUCUGAAGUCGAUCUCUACUCCGAAGACUCAGGCUCCGGCAAGUCCUACACCGAUCUACUGGCUCGUUCAGAUAUCGGCGCUGUGAUUAUUGCGCUUCCCAUCCUGGUUCAGCCGGAGUUUAUUCGGAAAGCACUGCUCGCCGGUAAGCAUGUCUUGUCCGAGAAGCCUAUCGCUAAGGAUGUCGCCACUGCCCAAGAACUUUUGAACUGGUACAAGAGUAAUAUCGACACCAGUAAGGUCUUCUGGGCCGUCGCUGAGAACUUCCGUUAUAUCACAAAGUUCCUCUUCGCAGCAGAGCAAGUUCAAAAACUGGGCAAAAUCCAGAAUUUCCGCGUCAACGUUCACAGCCUGAUGGACAAAGAGAACAAGUACUUCCACACCGCCUGGCGCAAGACCCCUGAAUACCAGGGUGGAUUCCUUUUGGACGGUGGUGUGCACAUGACUGCUGCGCUGCGCCUGAUUCUAGGCCCCACGGAGCGUCUUAGCAUUCUGUCGGCGCAGUCGCAGCUGCAAAAACCAUUCCUGCCACCCGUUGAUACAGUGGAUGCCGUCGCGAAGACUAAAUCUGGUGCUACGGGUGUUAUCUCUUUGUCGUGGGGAUCGUCAUUUAAUGAUCAGAUUUUCGAGUUUGCUUGCGAGAAAGGUGUCGUCACCUUGAACUUCGAUGAUGUGACAGUUAAUGGCGAGAAGCACCAUGUGGAGUUUGAUGGCAGGGGUGUUUUGCCAGAGGUUGCUGCGUUUGCAGACUCAAUUGUGAAUGGAAAACCCGACAGCAGACAGUCUCCCGAGGAAGCAUUGGCGGAUCUUGAGAUCUUGGAGCAGAUGUUGCGGAGUGGCGAGAAAGAUGGCGAGAAGGUUCAGUUGCAUUUGCAGUGA